AUGUUUAACUGGGUGGUGAAAGUGGUUCCCCAACUCCCGUCAUCUGAAGGGACGGAUAACGGUGUGAAAACAUCUGCUCCCAGAGUGAAGAGCCCUCCACAGAAAAACGUAGAAGAGGAUUCACAGGACAGCCAGAACCAGACUGGAGUUUUAGGCUGGCUGUCAAAUGGCUUCGUCAGCGCCAUGCCUCAGCCGACCGGCUCCCCUCGACUCAGCCGGUCCGACUCUGAAAGGAUGGGGGAAAGUGAAGAAAGGUCUGGAGUGAUGGGCUGGGUCGCUCAGGGUCUGACAAAGGUGUUGCCUCAGCCUGAUGACAAGUAUAAAGAGAUUGAGGACACUCAGGAGCACACUGAGAUCUACGAGGUAGCAACAAUGCCAGAUUUUGAUCCCCUCCCUCACAUUCCUGUGGUGGAGAUGGAGUCAGAGGAUGAAGAAGAGCCUGAGACUUCUCUAUUUCCUCCUAACGUUGUGAACUGGAUAAAGCAAAUGGUCCCUCAAGCCCUUAUACUGCCCCCUGGUGCCGUACCCUUAGAACCAUCAACCAAGCCCUCCCGCUCUUCUCUGGACAAAAUCUUGUCUCCACCACCUGAGUCUCUCAGUGGAAUCUCAUUGGAUACUGAUGGCAAGGCCCCAAGUAUGGUUGGCUGGUUCAUGUCAGGCCUGGGCCUGAAGAUCCCUCAGCCUGCCGUUCAAACCAAAGAUGAUGCUCAGGGUGCAGCUGAAGUUUUAAAGAAAGCUUCAUCCAAACUCAGGCCUGACAUGGUACUAGAAGACGUGGACUCAGACAACGAGGGGCCGCAGAAACGUAAAGAUCAGUCCACAGUCGCAGCCCCUAACCCAUCAGUGACUACAUCAUCAACAAACACACAGCAGACACAGUCCAAGCCCGAGCCUGAGUCUGAGCCUGGUCAACCAGCAACUUCAGACAGCGGGACAAAAUCUCAAGAAGAUGCUGAGACCCAGACGGGCCGCUGGACGCCGUUCAUUGAAAACAUCAAGAAGGAGGCCGAAGGUGUAGCUAUGGCAAGCAUGGAGGAACGUCUGCUGCAGGAGCGCUCAGAGAUGGUGCUUAUAGCUGAGGAGGUGGCAAGGACCACAGCUGAGAAUGCCAUUAGACAGAUGGCCAGUGAGUCCAUCAAACUCUCCCUGGGGAGUCAAGACCUCCUGGAUGAGGAGGACGAGGAGCCUGAUGCUGAGUUGCAAGAUCAACAAGAAGAGGAGAACGAAGUGGACCAUCAAGGAACACAAAAGGAGCAGAGCAUUUCUGAGGAGGCCGAGGAACCGACCAUUAAGGAACCAGAGCCAAAGGAGCAAUCGAAGCCACAGGGGUCGUCCCCCUCCCCACCUCCAAAACCUGAACCAGUUAAGAUCCAAGAGCCUGAAUCGGAGCCAGAGUCGGAGCCAGAGUCGGAGCCAGAGUCGGAGCCAGAGGCGGAGCCAGAACCAGAACCAAAGACAGAGACAGAGACCCGGGAAGCCAACUCAGGAGCUGAGCCCAUCACCCAGCAGCCGCAGAGGGCAAAGGAAGACGAUCAAAGCAACAACGCUGACAACGCUGCUGAAAAAGAGGAAGCUACUGAGGACAGCUGUGGUGCUCCAGUCAGCUGUGAUGCAUUUAAGAGCUGCCUGAUGCGCCUUCCUCAAACCUCCGAGUGCCUGGGCAACAUCAACGCGUUCUUCAAAGAGAACGGCAUCUCCAUUCCCAAAAUACCCCCCAUGCCUAAUCUACCCACCCAGCUCUCUGACGUUACCAACUACUUACCCUCCCUCCCCCCUGAGUUGCGCCAAGAGCUCUCCCAGAUCCGACUCACCCAGGUCCCCCGAAAUAUCGCCCAGACUCUGACCGAGCUUUUGCCCAAAAACUCUGACGGUUCAGUGGGCCCAGAUCUAUUCCCACGCGGUUGCAGCAGUACUUCCUCAACGUCCAGAACCGCCUCAACAGCCUUAUGCCUCAAGAUGCCUAAGAAACAACAACAACAACAGCAAAAACAGAAGCAAGACAAGAAUCAGCAUGACGUAGAACUGAACCGGCUCGUCCGGCCCUCCCCUCUCUCUCCUGCUCAUCUCCGGUCCCGCACCCCGUCUCCAUCCUCCCUCAACGGCAGCACCCUCGAGUUGCCCAAUGUGCCAUCCUACCCGCGCCUGCCGCCAAUCGUCAGCCCCCCCUCAAAGCAGCUCAACUCAGCGUCCCGCCAGCUCUCAGGUCUCUCUAACCCGGCGUUCUUCAUAGAAGACGACUCAGACAUUCCAGCAAUAAGACCUGCAGAGAGUUCUAGCCUCAGCCUUCGGCCAGCUGUCAAUGUAGAAGAUGUCGACUCCGACCAUGAGAGAGGAGGUGAAGGAGGAGCAGGAGGAGGUGGGGAGGGUCAGAGCCAUAUCCCCCAAAUCCUCGGCCCCCAGGACCCCAAAAUCACAACCCUCACUGUCCCUGUGACCCCUUCAGGAGGUCGCCAAAGCAAAGGAGACAAAGACAGUGGGAGGAAUCGUAGGAGUAUAUGGACUAAGAUUAGGACCCUUCACUCUCAAAGUGAAGAUGAUGAUGAAGAAGGAAGCACCCACGUCAGAGCCUGGCCCAGCCAGUCCAGCCUGCACAGCUCAGAAGACAUAAUGAGAGAGCGGCCAGCAUCGUCGGCCAGUCAGACCAGUACGGUGGUGAACGAGCGUCUCCAGGAGCUGGUCCGGAUGUUUAAAGAAAGAACGGAGAAGGCGAAGGAGAAACUCAUAGACCUGGACAGCUCUGAUGAAGACAGCAUCGUCCCCUCUCCUCCUCAGACUUCGACUGCUCAGCCUGAAGCUCAGCCAGUGGUCGGAGGAGAGAAGGAGGAAGAGGCAGGCCCCUCAGGAGGAAGAGGAGGAGGAGGAGGAGUGGAGAGUGGAGUGGAGGAGCAGCAGUCUGGCCGCUGCUGCAAGGUGAAAGCUCCUCGGUGGAUACUCGCUUGUGUGCACUACCGCUUCCCUGCCAGCAUCGACCCUUUCACCAACUUGAUGUACGUGCUGUGGAUGUUUUUGGUCUCUUUUGCGUGGAACUGGAACGCUUGGUUCAUCCCGGUACGCUGGGCCUUCCCCUACCAGACCCCCGACAACAUUUACUACUGGCUGCUGACCGACUACCUGUGUGACCUCAUCUACAUCCUGGACAUGACCAUCUUCCAGCCGCGCCUGCAGUUCGUCCGUGGAGGAGACAUAGUGUGUGACAAAAAAGAGAUGAGAAAGAAUUACAUGAAAACCAAACGCUUCAAGUAUGACUUAGCCAGCCUUGUUCCCCUGGAGAUCUUCUAUUUUAAAACUGGCAUCAACCCUCUGCUUCGUUUACCCCGGCUGCUGAAGAUAAACUCCUUCUUUGAGUUCAACGAGCGUCUAGAGGCCAUCUUGACCAAAGCCUACAUCUACAGGGUGAUCCGCACCACCACCUACCUUCUCUACUGUCUCCACUGUAAUGCCUGCCUGUACUACUGGGGCUCUGCCUACACAGGGCUGGGCUCCACAAAGUGGGUGUACAACGGCAAAGGCAACAGUUACAUUCGCUGUUACUACUUUGCUGUGAAGACCCUGAUCACCAUUGGUGGUCUGCCGGACCCCACCACCCUGUUUGAGAUUGUCUUUCAACUCAUCAACUACUUUGUUGGAGUCUUUGCCUUCUCAAUCAUGAUUGGACAGAUGCGUGAUGUGGUCGGCGCAGCCACUUCAGGUCAGACUUACUACCGCACAUGUAUGGACAACACCAUUAAAUACAUGUCCUCAUAUCGCAUCCCCAAAGACGUGCAGAACCGUGUCAAAACCUGGUACAACUACACCUGGCAAUCACAAGGCAUGCUGGAUGAGCAGGAGCUGCUGACUCAGCUGCCAGAUAAAAUGCGUCUGGACAUCGCUAUAGAUGUCAACUACUCCAUCGUCAGCAAAGUCGCUCUUUUUCAGGGUUGUGACAGACAGAUGAUCUUUGACAUGCUGAAAAGCCUUCGCUCAGUUGUCUACCUGCCUGGGGAUUAUGUCUGCAAAAAGGGGGAGGUGGGUCGUGAGAUGUACAUCAUAAAGGCGGGGGAGGUGCAGGUGGUCGGGGGACCGGAUGGAAGGACUGUGUUUGUCACUCUCAGAGCGGGAUCAGUCUUCGGGGAGAUCAGUUUGCUUGCAGUGGGUGGGGGUAACAGGCGCACAGCAAAUGUUAUCGCUCAUGGAUUUGCCAACCUCUUCAUCCUGGACAAAAAAGACCUGAAUGAGAUCCUGGUGCACUACCCAGAGUCCAAGAAACUGCUCCGCAAGAAGGCCAGGAAGAUGCUUACCAAGGGAAAGAAACCUGAGCCCAAAGAAGAGCCUAAAGGUCCCCCUCAGGCCCCGGCAGCCCCUGUAAGACCGGAAACGCCCAAACUGCUGAGAGCAGCCCUGGAGAUGGCAGAGAGAUCCACAGGACUUAAAGGAGCUCUGGCUAAAGUCAAAGAGAAGACCAACAAGUCCAGUGUCUCAUUACAGCCCUCCGUCUGCUCCUCCCUGCCUCCUCCAUCUCCCUCCUGCAGCUCCGGCCCUGACAGAGACGAGGACACACCGUCACCUCUCUCCACCAGCUCUGCCACAUUUCGCUCUGCCUCCCGUUGCUGCAACAACAACAACAACUCUGCGAUGCCUCGCUCUGCGUCACAGUGCCACGGCAAUUCGGAGGAAAUGCUCACAAUGGACCAAGGAGAGGAGAGUGUGAGCGAAACUGAAGGGAACGAGGGUGGGAAGAGGAAAGAAAAAAAGUUGUGAUAAUUAUUUAAAGGACAAAGCAAGAACUGGAUAACAAUCCUGAAUAGGAGAGGGGACAUUGGUGUGAUGGAAGGGAAAUAGAGAUCGCUUUAAAGGGGCCCUAUCAUGCAUUUAUGAGCUCUGGUUUCAGACAGAGGGUGAAAAGAGGUGCUGCAGCACAGGCAGUAUGAUGAAAAUAAAGAGCUUUUUGAACAUUAAAGCAUGGAGACACGUCACAGUAGAGGCUCAAAAUACAAAUAUCAACCUGAAAAUGAGCAAAAUAGGGCCCCUUCAAAGGGAAAAAUAGAGGGAUAUAUGACAUAAACUGACAGAAUGGCGGUAAUAAAGAGAGAGAGAAGUGUUGUAAAUGAACAUGUACAAAACUGUCAUGUCUUGAUGUCAGCCUGAUCUGCUAGUGGGAGUUGUGUGGGACAAACAUAUUAAGGUAGUACUGUAUUCGUCUCUGACCUACUAAUCCAAUGUGUACAGUUUAGACUUGUUGCCUGCUAUAUUUGGACUUUUGUGUCAAAUGUCUUCGACACUGAUUCUCUAUUAGUUGCUUUUUUAGUUUUUUAUCAACCUCCACACACUGUGUUCAAAUGUAUUCUUGUCAUUAUAAGAUCACCAAACGUAGGAGCAAGCCUUCCCCACCUCUUCAGACUUAAAGCACAUUUUCAUAAUCUUCUCUGAGUUUACAGUACAGAUUUCAAUGUAGCUAUUCUUUUACUUCUUGCUACAUCUUGUCUUUCUGAAACAAAUGUUUUUGCUGUUGUUGUCCGCUGACUGUUCACAGAUUAUUUUGUAAACUUGAAAGAACAAUCUGCCUUAUCUGUGUUGUUAUUUACAUUUGUGUUGUGUUGUGUUGUGUGAGUAGCUUGCACUGCUGAUGUUUCCACAAGUUGGUUUGAACAGCAGAGACCUAGUGAAACUGUAUUUCAGGUUUUAACAUGAUCAUCAUGUUUUUAUUGUUUAUUUUGUACAAUAUUGUAAAUAUAUUUGUUUUUGGAAAUGUAGCUGAAUCACAUUUCAAUGUAAAUUCACUGCAGUGUCACAACAUGUACAUAGAUUCUGAUAAUAGUAAAUGUUUAAUCUGUUUUUAAUCACAUUUUUUUGUGUGAUUGUUAAGUUAUUGAUAGAGCCUCAGGAAUGGGGCCCAUAAACCAGCUAACCAUACUGCCAGACAAUCUGUAGAAAGAAUUAUAAAUGUUGUAUAAUUGUAUCUUUUGCAGUGUGUGUGUGUGUGUGUGUGUGUGUGUGUGUGUGUGUGUGUGUGUGUGUGUGUGUG